GGAAAUCAUUUUUGGCCCCGAGCGAAAGCUUGCGCGUGUGUACCGUUUGAUUUAUUUCAACCGUUUGCACUGGCUGGUACGUGACCUGCGCUGUACUUUUGAAAGCUUUGCUGGCUUUGCCGAGGUGGAUGUAUAAUGGAUCAGCGCUGGCUAAAGUAGGUUACGCUCUCAGGUAGUCGGAACCGCAAAGAAGAAAAAAAAAACAUUGUUGUAGUACUCUGCGGCGAUUCAAUCCUUCUAUCAAUGGACCAUUGAACCAAAUGUGUGCGAAGAGUUAUCGAGGGGUUAGAUAAGGAACGUGGUGCGGCGAGGGUGAAUCCCGUGCCUCCAGCUACGAUUUCUUGCUUCCUCCCUCCCCUCCCCCAGAGAUCACGGUAGCCUAUAGAUGCCCAUUCAGCUACUGCUACCUUCAAGCGCAUAAUUCCUUUAUUAAAGCGAAGCUAUAUAAUCUUUCCCUUCGUCCCCAGUUUGGCGUAUCUGCUUAAGUGGACCGAUCCAGCUAGGAGCUGAAGCAGAAUACCGGACCGUCGUACCCCCGAGGUGGAGUAAUGAAAUCUGAGCCGACCCUAUGCAUCGAACUGAUGUGGGACGUGGCGAGGGGGUGUUUGUAGAGGAAGGCAAGUUGCAUACUGAAGCCAUACGUAACUCAACGGAACUUCGGUGUAUUUCAAAGAAGCAAUUUUUCCUGUGAAUAUAGCUACUAGAGCACCUCACAAACACAUGUACAAUCGACUACAUAUAUACAUAUACGACACAAAUAUGACACAAAUAUGACACAUAUACAAACACAAUAGCGUCGACUAGCCAUUGGUAGCUACCUUUGGUAGCAUAUAUAUACACUCUAGACUCGCCUAAAGCCCCUAAGUGGGGCUUGAGCUCUAUAGACUCGCCUAGAGUCUAUAGAGUGUAGUGCUCCCCUUGGGGAGCUUUAGCAACCGGAAGUACAAGUUCCAUUGGCGCGUAUUAACAUGAUCGCACGGGUGCAUGCGCAGCCACAUGGUUUCACGCUUCAGCAGUGUUGCAAAACAGCCAUUCAGAGAAGAAAAAAAAGAAGAAAAAACUCCUCUGUGAUUCAGAUGUUUUAGAUGCAAAACAGAAGAUACGAGAGCGAGGACUUAAGAUUACACGCGCAGGGUUGAUGUGAAUACUGUAAAAAAAAAGAACCCUUAGUGUGUCGCUAGUUUUGUGAACAGAUGCUACAAAAAAAAGUGGAAUUUAGAAAAAAAGUUUGUGUCAGAAGUGGGAUUCGAACCCACGCCCACAUUCGUGGACCAGAAAUCUCGCACAACCCGCAACGCAGGCAAGGCAUGUAACCUUGAGUCUGGCGCCUUAGACCGCUCGGCCAUCCUGACACAUUUUCACAGGGAACAUAAUAUUCUAUAUAUCCAGCAUGAGAGCCUUACACGAUCUUUGCUUUGCUUUUGUGCAAUUAAUUGCAACUAAUGCACAUGCCUGCAGACGACGGUACGUCAAUAAUUCCAAAAAUUAUUCCUUUAGGAAUACUCCAACACCCAGCAGUCAAUACGGUAACCGCCACAGGGGCAUGAUAUUUUGUAGAUGGCAGUUCGAACAGUUCGUUGCAUUUCCAGAUCGGAAAUCGUGAAGUCGGCGGCUGUUCGGUUCCUGUGGGCAGGGCGGGCAGGCCUUGUAGCCGCUGGCUACCGAAAAGGAAAAAAAAGAAAGUGCCCGUCUGAGUUAAUCGGUGCUCUAGAAUCAAAGAAGUUCCACCAGCGCGUUAAGAAUGUCCGUGCAUUCCGUACCUCGCUUGCAGUGUGCCGGUGGUGUUCGCGCUGGUACCACGCGAUGAGCGUCCCCAACGUGAGCCGUGGAGCCACGAACACGACCGUGUUUACAUUGUGCAUAACCGCAUCCAGUCGCCUUCCCGCUGCCACCUGCGCUGCUUCAUUACUACAACGUCGUCACCUGCUGUAGCAGCGGUGCCAAACGAACCCGCGAACUUGUGCGUCCCACGAUGGUGAACUUUGCGAAGGCGCUCGUCACCAAGGUGUGGAAGUUUGUGCUGGGAUUUUUCGGCGUUCUUCGCCGAGCGAUGUGCUGCUUCCGCAAGCGCCGCAGGGCGUCCGACGUCGGCCUGCCCGUCUACCUUACCGCUCACGGGACGGAGCCUUGCAGUGUUCAGCAGCUUAAGGACGAUCUUCAAAGCUGGGACUCUUGGAACGAAGAAAACGGGCCUGUCUCAGUCCAAGUGGACUCUUCGGGGAAUCAGGGCACAGCAGGGGGUUCCCAAAGACAUGCUGCAGUAGGCAAUGGCCCUUCAAGUGGGCGACCAUCUGCCCCCGGCAGUCGUGGUGCUGGGGACCUGAGACGAGACUCGCAGAGUGAUGAUGAUGUGGACUUCUUCAAGGACAUGGCACCCACCAACAUCCGGCAGAAGAAGUACAUACUUCGCGGUGAAGAUGGUCUCGGGGCCAUGCCCAGUGGUGGUCUCUCUAGUCGUCUCAAGUUUGAUGCAAGGGCUGUGCUGCCGCACCAAGGUGCCGAAUUAGGCGUGCUCGAGGACGACGGCGACACUGCGCAGGCCAGCUGGGAGGACGAGGCGGAGCUGGAGGUGGACUCUGUGAUCCGCGAGAAGCGCCAGGCCGAGCGGGAGCGCCGCAUCGCGGAGCACCAGCGGAGGAAGCGCGAGAAAGAGCAGCAGCGCACCACCAGUGGCAACGUUGCUCCCACAGCCGGCAGCAGCAGUGCUCCGCAUUCUUCACCGCCCAGCACCAGACGGAAGGUCUUCUAAGGGGCUGUCGACAGCCACCCUUGUCACGCACCAUGCACACCUUGGGAGACUAGAAAUGGACUCCUGCCUUUUGUUGGCCUUGUGGUCGGUGGUCCCAAGCUGUAGUAAAGGCAGUGGUUGUUUCUUCAAGAAUUUGCAUUACAGCUCCAUGUCUUCGCAAACUGGCACCCGUGCAAACCCAACACUAACUGUCCAGUGAGGUGUGCACCCAGGACCAAGUGACUGGUGACGUAUUGUUCGAGACACAAGGACCUUAAAGGGAUGAUCUUUUGCCAUUGUCAUUUGGCUUUCGAGUUCAAGGAUAGGACAUCGUGGACUGUCUGUUAGUUUGUUGACUUUGAGGAUGGCACACAACAGUUGUCCACGGCACAUUGACUGCAGCGUGUGGGGUGCGGUGCUCGUAACCAUAUUGUACAAGAAGGGUGCAAGCAGCGACGUUGUUUCCAGCAUCCGACGAUGUAUAAUUAUACUUUUCCUUCUUUAAUAGUUAGCAGGUGUGUUGUUACAGGUUUAUAGUUUGGGUGUGUUUUUUAUAGUACAUAAAGCUCUAAUUUGGACUGUUGGCACAUGCCCGGUUAACGAGGUAAUCGGCGCUUAAAGUAGGAGGUAGAGCGGACGACAAACAAUAGGUGCAGACAGCAGCACGUGUGUUUGUUGUCUGCUUUUCAUCCCAUUCUAAAUGCCGUUUCUUUGAGCAGCUGAGUCUCUUGUAUUCUGGUAAAAGCCAGCAGACCUGCGCAACGCAUUGGUACACUUUGUCCCUUCGAUGUUACAACAUCCACGAGCCGGAACAACCAGUUUGUGGGUUCCCUUGCCUGUGAUAGAAGUGCGCAUGCUCGGUCGGCUUUCAGUCACGUCCGUGUUUGUCAAACAGGCCAAAAGAUUGGCCUGUUUGAGUCGAAAGCAAGAGUGAAUUGUUGAGAGCGACUGCAAAUGAUUACUGCAAGAGUAAAAAGAGUUUGCAGAUUUUCUGUGUUCUACUAUAAUAGUGCGUGUGUCUUUUAUAAUGUAUGUUGCUUGCGGCUGCAGUGCAUGUGGCGAGGUGUUUGUAAUGUGUUAAGUGCUAAGACAGUGUCACACUGCUAUGCAUAGCUUUACAUGCCCAGUACACAUCACCCUCAAAUAAGUGCCACGGUGAUUGGUCCCAGAUUUGGAAAUGUGUACAUAAUGGGUUGUUGUACUUCCUACAAUCAAAACAAGAUAUGCUAGCAAAUGAAUUAUUUAUGAGCACCAUAUAUGUGUCCAUAAUUAGCCUGCAUCGUUGCAUGUGCCAUGUAAUGGUUUCCUGGGCCUUCGUCAAGCUGUUCGUACAGCUUUUAGCCUAGGUGACCAUCCAGAUACUUGCUGGAGAAUAAAAUAUGAUUUGAUUUGAUUUGAUUUGCUCUAGCCAGCUCUUGUGCAAAAGUCACAGGAGUUUCUUAGCUAGUAUCACGAAAGUACUCAGUCGCACCACUGCCAGUCGCAGAGUAUGCAGUGUUUUCUGUUCUGAGAGCCGCAACCGCGUAUAAGGAUUAGCGAGUUUUGCAUGAGUAAGAUAUAGUUAAACAGACUGCACCAGUGUGGGUAUUCUGAUUUGGCUGUCAUUUGGUGUGCUAUUGUACAGUGGUCAUAAUGUGCACUGGAUUUGCUCACGAUGGCUCAAAGGAAUGCAAGCCACAGCCCAUAGAAGGAAGGAAACAAUAGCGUUAAACGCGAUACCUCUCCGAAAUAGCAGUUACAAGAAAGCCCUGCUCUGGCGAUAUGUGAGGGCUGCCCAACAAGAAAUAUUUCAUGUCCACCUUUGUUAAAUUUUGGCUAUCUUCGAUGUAUUGCAAACUUGUUGCAUGGGUUUUAGCUUUGAUGAUGCCGCAUACAGUGACUCGUGCCUGUCCAAUGGAAAAGUGGUCAAGUGUUUCUUGUGCAUUGUGUUGCAAAAGCUUUUGCAUGUUUGCAGUGCCACAGUUUAUUGUGACACAGUCAUUUGGCCGCAACACUUGGUUUGCUCAAUAUGGUUCACUGCUGAGGCCCAGAUCAUGAUCGCUAUCGACUCUAAUCUGAGCGUUGCAAGUAAAUUUCUUAGGCUAUUUCCUUAUGGAGUCUUCUGAUAAAGCACCACAUAAAGCCAUUGUGUAGAUAGAAAAUAUGCUAGUCAUGUUUUUGAGUCAUUACAGAGGCACCUCCUGCUACUAUAUUACCCCAUAAGUGAGUCUUGUGCAUGAUUUCAGCAGCAUCAUGUAGAGCUUGGUUUUUUGCAUCAGUGAUAGAUGAUAGUGAGUGACCAGAUUAGCAAGCUUUCUUUGUCAUCUAAGAAUGCUUAUGCUUUCCUCUUUCUUUAACUAACUUUAACUAACUAACUAAAUGGUGCAUUUAGUGGGAAUAUGUGCAUGUCUUUCACAGUGUGUAUUUUGUUCUGUCAUUUUUGUCCAACUAUCCUGAAAGUGUGGCAAAACUUUGGUGACUGGCUUUGCUGUCGAUAUUAUGCUAUAUUAAAAAUGAGAUGUCAAGUGAAAGAAAGGCGCAACCCACAUUGCUGAAUUUCCUCAAUUCUGUGUAAAUGUUUGCUGUGCCAGAAUUUGUUUUGCAUGCACAAUUCUUGUUGGGUAUUUCCACAUUUUUUUAUGUACCAGAUGUAAAAAAAAACAAAGGUGAAAUUAACCCGCACAGAAAAGUUUUGCUUCAUCCGAGUGUAGUUGUUGAUUUCAAAACCUGCUUUCAUCUCAGUCAAGUUACUUUUUUGUUAAAAUAGAAUCUCUUGACGUCUCUGUGUAAAGUAGCCGCGACAACAUCUUUACACAAAGCUCUGCCUUGCUCUGGGAACAUUCCUCAGAAGCCUGGCUUUCGGCGCAAACAUGGCGUGUGGCUUGUAUUAACAAUACUGACUACGUCUAACAAGCUUCAAGAUAUUCCAACAUGAAGAUGACUGUUCUGUUGGAAAAUGCUGGAAACUUUUUGGAUGUGUUUGUUGGUACGACUAACUAUCCUUCUCCCAGUUUGUAAUUUCUGUUCUACUGCUCCAGCUUGCACACAGUGUCACGUGCAGCUUUGCCCAGUGUUGGCCACUCACAUGUGACCAGCAUUGGUGCACGCGCGUAGUGACACGCACGCCAUUUUUGUCAAUAUUGGUCGCGUAGAGCAAAGGACAAAAAAUGAGUGGAAUUGGAAGAAAAGUUCUAGGAACUUACUGCUGCAGGACUGGUGUGGUGCAACAAUUCUUUUAAUUUGAUUCAGUUUUGUCAUCCGCCAGGCCAGCUGGCUAAACCUGUUGAUGACGUAGAGGCACCGUGCUUAGUAGAGCCACUGAGAAGGGUAUGAAAACAGUAGCGUUGGAAUGGAGCAGGAAUUAAGCAGGAGAUGCACAAUAUGAUUCUGAGUGCGAUUUAACGUAUGACUAGUCGUACCAACAGCCACAUCCAACAAGUUUAUGACAGGAUUCGACAAAUUCUAACAAGGAGAUGGCUGCUCGGACUGUUGGUACCUAUCAGAAACUUGAACGUGUUUGUUGGUACAAGUCAUUGCGUAUUGCAUCGUGCAGGAAAUUGUACUGCGUGUCUGGCACUUUAGAAUUGUGCCUUUUUGUGGCUCUGGUAUUGCAUGCCAUGUUCGACAACAGUGCGCACAAUAUUUUCAUUGCGAACACAAAUCUGCCCACGUGUUUGCGUAUCUGCUGGCUUCAUUAAUCAGACAUUAAUGCUGCUCGUAUUACAACGAAUGCAGUUGUGUGUAGGGCCUUGAUUUUACACGCUUUCAAUACCUUUCUUCAUGCUACCAGGCGAAAUGCAUAUUCUUGUGGGAAAGCAGGAGCGUCUACUCUCCUGGCAAGUGUUGAGAUGUUUGUGCCCCAUGUUCUGGUUGAUGUAUGAAGCAUGGGUGUGGUGUCACCAGGCAAUGUUUUGGAAAGCCCAAACUUGCCAAUCACUUGGUAGACAAGAGCCCAAGUCUAGCUCCAGAAUCUCUGGUUCUCGGCAUGGCUGAUGCGUGCAUUUGUAAUUCAGCUUGCCCAAGGAACGGGCUCCUGUGUCUGAGAAUUUUCAGUGUGACAUCACAAGCAUGCCACAGUGGUUCUAAAGUGUUUGUGACUAUUGCAUUCAUUCAGCUCAAUUCGUCGUCAAGCACAUGGCUGGCCCAUGCCCUUGAGUGGUGUGCUCUGUUAAAGGGCCCCUCACCAGGCCCCAUAGCAAAUUUUGGUUAUACGCUGGAAGUUGUUACGUGCCCUCUAAAAACUGUUCAGCUGCAAGAAUUUUUCAAAUUGGUUCAUUAAUAGCCGAGAUAGAAAUAUUUCAGUGAUGCGAACUCAUGAUUUCAGGAGGCGAGCGCCAUUGCCAAGAGAGGCACUCUCUCCGCUAGCCCUGUCUAGCCUCCACAAGCGAAAUUACUUCCCUGCGUUCUGCCAUACCGGACCUCGAGUAUCGCGUGAUGCAUAUGUCAAGGGCCCCGCCUUCAUAUAUUUUCCCCCUGCUUUUUGCUGCGCGGUGCACUUUCGUUGAUGGUGUCGUGUGCGAGCUGCUGUGAUUGUCUUGUCUCGCGCAGCGCACGAGUGUGUGUGUGCUGUGCACGAGAACACCUGACUAGCGGUAUAAGUCAGUGCUACACGAAUGCUGAGGUAGACACAAGCACAUCACAGAGCAUGAUCGCGUGCUGGAACACGGUAGAAAAUGACAUAGUUUCGGUGUCGGCGCGUGCGACUGCACGACGUGGGAACAAGCACACGAAACAGAAGUACGUCUCUCUUGCUGCCGUGUGAAGUAAGACAAAUACAUGCAGACAUUGAGUUUGCGUGUAUUAUCAUUUCUCUAAACCUUAAUUUGUCUAUCGGCGCAACAGAUUACACAAGUAACAGAUGUUGCCUUGAAUAAUUCUCGAAGUCACAAGUCACUAAGAGCUACGUCGCAGCAAAGACACAUGUACGUAGGCGCACUAGCACGCAUACAUCAUCCUUCCGGCUUGGAGCAUGGCACCCGCGAGAAGAAUGGCAAACAGCAUUCGGUUUGAAAUUUCAGCUAUUUUCGUGGUGCGUAGCGAUGUAAUAAGCAGAAACAAUCGUUAGUGCGCAUUGUAUGCACGGAACUUGUCAGCUCAAAAUGACCAGACCUGGUGAGGGGCCCCUUAAAGUCAACACAACUUGAGCAGUUAGGUGGAUGCCUCACUUUGUCACACUUACUGCCCUGGCGCAGCUGUCUGUUGAGAAGAGCUCCAGAAGUUCACAGUUGCCAAAGAAAAAAUCUUUGGCACUGAGCUAGCAUUGCCAUUGAUCUCGAUGCAUAGAAAAGGUAAGGAGGAUGUAGGGCAGUGUGUUGCCCAAGGAGAUGGGGUUGUUGUUAUGUAUAAUAAAACAUUUCCAAAUUAUUAAAA